AUGGCCCCGCCCGCGAGCCAGUCCGCACGCAAAAAACAGCCCCCACAGACACCGUCGAGGGUCAUCACGGACUACUUUUCCCGCUCCAGCAUCCCCCCCGACUCGGACAACCCCCAGUCGUCUCCGCCCGCGCCCCAGCACCAAAUCCGCGCCCACCCGCGCCCGUCGCGCCGCGCUCGUGAAGCCAGCGCGAACAACAUACCCGCUCCCGCGUCCAAGCGGCGCGUGCCACCUGGCCGCGCCGUCACCCCGCCGCGCGCGCAGGCGUCCUCGCAUAUGCCCAAGGACAACCUGUCGCCCGUCCGCGCCCCUGCGCCCCGCGUCGACGGCGUCGAGCACCGCUCCCCACGCAAAGGCACCCAUGUCCGCGUCCUUGCUGCUCAGUCCACCUUCGCUCCGCCCCAGCCCUUCGACGUUCCCGCACGGCUCACGCGCGCGUCGCUUCUCAAGGGCCCCAUCGCAUCCGCGUCUGCCCCAUCGCGUCCAGAGCUGAGUCAGACGCGCGAUGGGAGCCCGCGCCGCCCGCAGAUGAUCACCCUCUCCAAGCGCAAACGCGACGAGGACGAGGACGAGGACGAGGGCGUUCCUGCCGUCCUGCCUGCCUCCUCUCCCUUAUCCUCCUCCCCGCCCGCCCUGCCGCCCUCCUCUCCGCGCCUCCCCUCCUCGGCACUCCCUACCCCCACCACCCCCAACGCACCCACCAUCCCCAUCCUCCCGCCCUCGCCCACCCCCGAUCGUCGCUCAUCCCGUAAACGCCCGCGCCUCUCCCCGCCCACCCCGUCUCCCCGCAAGCUCUCCCCCCACCUCCACACAGCCGCCGAUGCCCCACCGCCGAACCACAACGACGGCGCAGACGACGACGACGAGCUCGUCCCAAGCAGCCAGAGCGACGAGCACGAGCUCUGCCUCCCCAAGGAUCUCCGCCGCGACCCGCGCGCUGUCCAUGAGACCAUCGAGUCCUGGCGCCGCACGAGCGCCGCGCCGUCUGCCUCUUCGCCUGCGCGCCUGCCCGCUCUGGACUUCAGCCCCACCACGAUGGACGUCGACGGCCCCGCAUCCCCGAUGCCCCUCGCCUUUGAGCUCUCUGUGGCCCAGGCUGGCUCAGAGCUCGACCCGCGCUCGUCCUCUCUCUCUCCGCCGUCCUCGCCCGCGCCCUCGCCCUCCCGCGGCGCCUCCCUCCCGCACCCCUCCUCCGCAGAAGUCAGCGCCCUCCUCCGCACCGCGCCCCUCCCCCCCUCCUCCUACACCACCCCCUCCCCGCUCCCCCACACGCUCCUCCUCUCCCCGGCCCCGGCUCCGGUUCCGGCUCCCCCCUCGCCCUCGCCCCCGCCCCCGACCGCCGCACUGCGCCCCACGACCCCCGUCCCGCUCGACUCCAAGGCCAAGACCGCCCAGAUCAUCGCGCAGCUCCGCGCAGACGCCACCCGCGCCGCGCACACCGCGCCGUCGCCCGACGCCACCCGCACCGCCCUCGCCGCCCUCGACGCCGCCAGCCUCAGCAGCGACUCGAGCGCCUCGGACGACGAGCUCUUCGUCCGCCGCACUAACAUCCCAAAAAGCCCAAGCAAGCAGGCCGCGUCGCGCGCCACCGCACGCUCCCGAGCCCAGCGUGCGCCGAGCUCCCCGCUCACGACCCCGCGCUCCCCCUCCCUCAGCCCGUCCCCUGACCCGAGCGGUGCCCCCGCACGCAAACAAAACACCCGCCGCGGCCCCGCCCCUGCAGCGUCCUCGCCCUCCAAGCCCGCCCGCCCGACGCGCGCGCGGCGUGCGCCCCCCGCUCCCGCCGACGCCUACGACAAUAAUAACGCUAAGGGAAAGAGGAAGGGCAAGCAGGGCGCGGACCCGCUCGAGGCGCUGUUGCGCGAGAAGCGGAGCCUGGAUAGGGCCGGGCGCGGGAUGGACGCGCUGCGGCGCGCGGAGGUGGCCGAUCUUGGCGGCGCGCGCGGCGGGCUCGGCAGCGAGGACGAGGACGAGGACAAUGAGGGGGUGGUGGGAGGACUGAAGGAGGACGAUGACGAGGAGCGGGUGUUGCGGGACGAGGAGGCGGCUGCGCGCGCGGCGCGCCGCGGGGAGGCGAUGCGCGUGGGUGGGUGGGCGGAGGGCGCGCGGAGGGACGACGGGGGCGGGGGCGCGGACGGAGAGGAGGAGUUCGACGUGGAGGAGGUGGUCGCGGCGGAGGAGCGGGAGCGGCUGCUUGGAGAGAAGGAGGGCAAGGCCGUCGGGAGCAUCUUGGAUGCGGACCGGAUCGGGGGCGCGAAGCGCGCGCGGGUCGUUGGCGUGCAGGUGUGGGGCGUGGAUGGAGAGGAGGAGAUGGAGAUGGAGAUGGAGGGAGAGGAGGGAGAGGGAGUGGCCGAGGAGUGGCCGGAGUGGCUGUUGGAGGAGGCCGGCGAGGGUGAGAGGCCACGCAUGGUGGAGAUGCUGAGCGCGGCCGUUGCGCGGCGGGACGCCGCUCGCAUCAAGUUCAUGUUCGACGCCGGGCUCCUGCACACCCUCGACCUGUCGACGUACCCCUCCAUACUGGCCUGGACAUGCAAACUCGCCCUAUCCACCCGCAGCACGCCGCUCUGCCAGUCCGCGUUCCACUUCCUCCGCCACUCGUCUGCUCCUCGUCCUGAGGCGGCAGCGUCGCUCACGCACCUCAUCGUAGACACGCUCAGACGACUUGGCAUGCAACCCGCACUACUGCGCUACAUCUCCAGCGACACCGCGCCAGACGCGCCAAAUGUGUCGCGCAGCCGACGCGUGCGCGAUGCCGACCGCGCCGAGGUCCUGUAUCGCCUCGUCGUGCUCGUCACGGCCUUUGCACGGAACGGAUGGCUGCGCGCCGAGGACGUGCCGGCGGCCGCUAUGGCGCUGCUCCUCGUCGGCGCGGACCGCGCCGCGUCGCACGCAUCCCGGCGCGACGUCAUCGUCGCGCUCCAAGCCGUCUGCGCGCGCCUCCCCGCCGAGCUGCCCGACGACGACGACGGCCCCCCCACCACCCUCGAGUCCGCGCUCGCGGCGCGCGUGCUCGAGUAUGCGGCGGCGGAGCACGUCGGCACGCAGGCGCUCUUGCUGUCGCUGUUCGCGGGCAUGUCGUCGCACGCAACUCACGCAUACUCCCGUCCAUCACCAUCAUCACCACCAUCGUCACCACCACCGCCACCACCCCCGCGGACUCCGCCUCACGCACAGGACCCUUACACGGCGCUCCCGUCGCUCGACCCGCUCGUCGACGCGCUCUCGGACACGCGCGGGCCCUUCGAGGCGGGCGAGGCGACGGACUACGACGAGCUCGGCGCGCGCGUUGCGGUGCUCGGUGUUGCACUCACUGGCGUGGACGGGUACGUCGCGCAGGAGCUCGCGCGGCAGCGCGAGACGCGCUUCGCGGCACUCGAGGAGGACGGCGCCGAAGCGGGCGCGGGGACGGGGACGGGGAUGGGGAUGGGCCGCGAGCCGGCGCCGCUGGAGCUGGUGAAGAACCGGCUGGACGUGCUGCAUGCGCGCAUCGUCGACACGCGUGCGGCGCAUCUCGAUCGGUCGCAGACGAAGGGCGCGCUACAGCGCCUCGCGAUGCGCGUACACUACCAGCGGGACGCGAUCCUGAAGGGCGGGCCGCGCAAGCUGAUGGACUACUGGACGUAG